GGAUGGAAGAUGCCUCGAAGCCCUCCUGCACGGAAGUGCAGGGCGAGCAAGCUAAGGACGAGAAUCCCAAACCAUGUUACAAGAAGAAGAAUCGUCCCUGAACUAUAACAUCGUGCGAGUCCUCAUCUGCCUCAGCAACAACCCUCCCGGGGCGGAAGCUGACAUCGCCCACUCGUCUCGUCUCGUCUCGUCUCGUCGUGGCAAGGCUCAGGCAAGAGAUCCAGAAACUGUGUCAGGAGGACGGAGGACGAGCAUUUCAAUUCCAUAAAGAUCCAUAGCUUCUCGGCCUUCUCUUGUCUUCAAUCCCACUCGUCUGCACUCGAGCGAGCGAGUGGUGAGAGGUGUCGGGCCCAGACAGACCAGAAAGGAUCGCUUUGCUGUAGUUUGGAAAAGUGGAGUUGUUCAGGAAGCUCAAGAAGCUCGGAGCCAAAAUGGGGCUCACUUUCACCAAGCUGUUCCAGCGGUUUUUUGCCAAGAAGGAGAUGCGAAUUUUGAUGGUGGGUCUGGAUGCGGCCGGAAAGACGACGAUUUUGUACAAGCUGAAGCUGGGAGAGAUCGUGACCACCAUUCCGACGAUCGGCUUCAACGUGGAGACGGUGGAGUACAAGAACAUCAGCUUCACGGUCUGGGAUGUGGGAGGUCAGGACAAGAUCCGGCCUCUGUGGAAGCACUACUUCCAGAACACUCAGGGCUUGAUUUUCGUGGUGGACAGCAACGACAGAGAUCGUGUUACCGAAGCCCGUGACGAGCUGCACAGAAUGGUGAAUGAAGAUGAGCUUCGUGAUGCAGUGCUGCUGGUUUUUGCCAACAAGCAGGAUCUGCCCAAUGCUAUGAACGCUGCCGAGGUCACCGACAAGCUGGGCCUGCACUCGCUGCGCCAGCGCCAUUGGUACAUUCAGAGCACCUGUGCCACCUCCGGCGAGGGCAUGUACGAAGGCCUCGACUGGCUGUCCAGCAACAUUGCCAACAGCUGAUUCUGUUCGCUGCAACGACCUUCAUGCCUGCCCCUUCACGAGGUCGCCCAGGCCAUCAUCGUCUGCCAGUAGUGGCCGGGGUUUUUUCAAUAUGGACCUGGAUCUGAAGCAUCGUUCAGCAGCAGCAGCAGCAGCUCCGAGACAGUCAGAUUGUCGUAUCUAGUGCUGCCCAAUGUCUGCAGAUUUGUGUGUCUAUGGUGUGGAGACUUCCUGCAGUGGAUAGUCUGACGGCUAUGAGCAGUGACAAACGACUCGCUUGUACACUGUGGCGAGUUUCUCUUUCAUUAGAUCUCCUCGAUCGAUGGAUGCGCUGAAAAGGCUUCUAUCCAUGUCCUGUCCUCGUUUGCUCGACGAUCGAAAUUCGGAAAAGAGCUGAAAAGUUCAUGUAGAUUAUGAAAUGCUUGUACCGGAUGAAGAGAUGGGAACGUUCUAGAGCUUUGAUGCACACUAGUACAGUCCUCUCAACAACUGCAACAGAUCCAAUCCGAGAUCUUGUGGGAUGAGCAUUAUAAAUGUGGAAUUGAACUUCCGUAGGCUCACUCCCAUUCGUUAGACAUCUUUCCAACCGAUUGGUAACGCCCUUUGUCAAUCUGUUUGUUUUUCACAGAAACCUUUCAAGAGCUUCAUCUAUGAAUACCAAGGCUGAUUCCCCCAGG